UGUCAUUUGUGAGUAUUUUAAAUUUAAUGUGUAAUAAAAAUAAAUUAAUAUGGAUACAAGAAAAAAUGAAAAUUCAGUUGUCGAACUUGUCAAGGAAAAAACAGUUUCACUGAGUAAAACUUUUUACAUAAGUUUUUGUUGGCUUGUUGUUGCUUGUUUGAGUUCAAUCACCCUUGAAGUUGGUGCUCGUUCACCACUCGGUUAUUCAGUCACAAAAUCAGCAGCAUUUAAUAAAAUAUUUCGUCGAAAUUACAGUAUGAAAAUUUAUAUAGAAAGUGGUAAUUUAUUGUCAUCAAUAUUGAGUACGGGUUUGAUAACUAUGGCACGACAAACAAAUAAUCCUUAUCUGUAUAUACCUUGGCUCAUCAACACCAUGUGUGGCAUGCUUAUCAAUGAAGCUCCAGCAUUUUGUAAUUUUAUCAACACACAAAUACCAUAUGCUCCUUUACCAGCAUUAAUAUUUGCAUUUACAUCAAUUAUCCUAUUUGUUGAAGAAAUUUGUAUUUGGUGUAAUGCACUUGAAAUUUUUAUGAUUGAUUGGAAAAAAUAUGUGAAUAAAAAUCAUAGCCAUAUUGAAGUUGAACUUCGCAAUGUUGAAAAUAAAAAUAUUCUUGUUAAAUCUGAUGAUGAUAAUAUGAUACAAAAUAAUUUCGAUCAACAUAAAAUAUCAAGUAACUCAAAACGUGCUAAAAGUUUGACAAGUGUUGUAAAUUAUUCAAAGAAAAAUUUAUAAAUACUUAAAGUAUUCAUUUAACUAUGACGAGAUUAUUUUCAAAAAUUCAAAAUAAACAGGAAGUUAUUGGAUCAAUAUGGCGAUGAUAUUUUGCGCAUGUGCGUUAGUAAUUACGACUGAAGAAAAAAAAAUAA